GCGCAAGGGCUCAGCCCUUGGCUCCCAGGACGUGAUCGCGAGGAGCGCCUGGCCGACGAGGAGGCGCUCAUCAACUUCGCCGUCCUCCUCGCGCGGGUCGUCGGGAGGACCGAGGGGGCCAUCAAGCAGAAGCUCUUCGCGGUGCGCUACGCCCACGUGGUGGCCGGCUACUCGGACCCCCUGCUCCACAGAGGCCGCCUCUGGAGCACGCUGGCAGGGCUGAAACGCUGGCAGGGGCCCGAGACCAAGCGGAAGAAGCCCGUCGCGCCAGCCAUGCUCGAAUGGCUCCGCGGCUUUCUCCAGCAGGAGGCCAAGCUCCCCGAGGAGGAUGCAGUGGUCAUCUGGGCGGCCAUCGUGACAGCGUUUUUCUUCCUCCUGAGGGCCUCAGAGCACCUCCUCCAGGACGGGCGAUCGUGGUCCUUCGAGCGCGUGCUGCACGGGGAGGACGUGGAGCCCAAGAAGGAGGGGAAGCGAGUGGCCAGCUUCCAGGACGCCGACGAGAUGGUGGUCUACAUCAAGGGCAGCAAGACGGACCAGCUCAAUGUCGGGACGGUGAGGAACCACUACCGCGCCGGCACGUCGCUAUGCCCGAUCGCGGCGAUGGAGCGGCUCCAGGCUCACCAUCCUCAGCGGAUAAAGGGCACCGAGGAACGGCUGCCCCUUUUCCGCUGGGCGUCAGGUACACCGAUCCGCAGGGCAGAGGUGCAGCACUUCCUGACGGUCGCGGGGCUGGCCGCCGGCCUCUCCAGAGAGGAGAUCGGCAGCCAUUCCCUGAGGAUCGGCGGGGCGACUGCAAUGUACCACGUGACCGAGGACCUCUCCCGAGUGCGCCGAUUCGGGCGCUGGCAGUCGGACGCGUUCCACGGCUACCUGUGGGAGUCGCACGAGCCGAUGAAGGGCAUCUCCGGCAAGAUGGCCAGGGACACCUCCUCGUUGACCAACCCGGCGAAGGACAGCGCCCCCAGCAGAGCUGCCGCCGGCGCCGAGAGCGCCAG